GAGGGCCCCGCAGAGUCGGACGGCUCAAGAGGACGUGCGCGUGCGCGCGCGCCGCGUGGUUGGGCGCGGCGCCGUUGCUCCGCCCCCUUUAGGCCCCUCCCCCUCCGCGCGCCGGCGUCCGCUGCGUCUCCGGCAUUUGAAUCGCGCUUCCGCCAUCUUUCCAGCUUCAGUCGGACAGGCGCGGAGACUCUUCUGGAAGGAUCGCCGCGAUGGCCGCCCAGGGAGAGCCGCAGGUCCAGUUCAAGCUCGUCCUGGUGGGCGACGGCGGCACCGGGAAGACCACGUUCGUGAAGCGCCACUUGACCGGCGAGUUUGAGAAGAAGUAUGUAGCCACCCUGGGCGUGGAGGUGCACCCGCUCGUCUUCCAUACCAACAGAGGACCCAUCAAGUUCAACGUGUGGGACACGGCCGGCCAGGAGAAGUUCGGGGGCCUGCGCGAUGGCUACUACAUCCAAGCCCAGUGUGCCAUUAUAAUGUUUGACGUAACAUCAAGAGUUACUUACAAGAACGUACCUAACUGCUAG